CGUCGUUCACACACGUGUAUCAGUUCCUUUUCAGCAUUUGUACUCGUAACACACAUUUUUGUGUGCACUCCGUUCUUGCCGCAACAAAAAAAGACUUAGAAAUUUUUUUCAAUUUUCCAAAUUUGUGAUUUGAUUUCAUCAAAUUUUCCAAAGUUCGUACAAAAGUGAACAAAAUUGAUUUGUUUUUCUUCCGUUACAAAUAGCAAAAAUCAACCAACGAAAUUGAAGAAGUGAAGACGCAUUUAAACAGAAUUCUUGUGAUAAAUUAAAAAACUUUGGUGAUUUUUUGGUGACGAAGUGUGAAAAUCAAAGAUAGUAGUAGACCAACUAUAUCUCCAAUUAACGAACGGAAAUUGAAUUAAACGACAAAAAUGGAACACCAUCGUAUAUAUAAUAAUGCGCCAUUGCACUGGGGCUAUUCGUCGACAUCGCAUGCAAUGCAUAAUACUUGGGUUCCGCCCCCAAGUCGUGCCACUAAACGAUCAAUCUCCGAAAGUGAUUGCGACGAUAACUACUCAGAAACAUCAUCCAAAGACACAUCACCAAAAGGUGCGGACAGUUGUCAACAAUUGACUCGUAAAAAGCGACGUGGUGUAAUUGAGAAAAAGCGACGUGAUCGAAUUAAUUCAUCGUUGUCCGAACUAAAACGUCUCGUUCCAUCGGCCUAUGAGAAACAAGGAAGUUCCAAACUUGAAAAAGCAGAAAUUCUUCAAUUAACGGUAGAUCAUCUCAAAAAUCUAAACGCAAAAGGAAUCGAUUCAAUGACAUUUGAUCCGCAACGAUAUGCAAUGGAUUAUCAUGUGAUUGGUUUUCAAGAAUGUGUGUCUGAGGUCGCGCGAUAUCUCAUUGCUCACGAAGGCAUGGAUAUUCAAAAUCCAUUGCGAAUGCGUCUGUUGUCACAUCUUCGAUGCUUUGCUGCCCAACGUGAGCUAUCAAUAAAAUCAGCGACACCAGCUGUCAAUCAAAAUUGGACGCCAGCUCCGCCAACAUAUCCAUUGACACAAAAUAGCUACAACAGUGCAUUGGCACCACCACCGCCGCCACCACUUUUAACUCCACGAUCGUUACAAACACCUACAACAUCAACGGUUACAUCGUCGAUUUUGCCAUCAUCGGUGCCAUCCAGUCCAGCAACAGCAAUGUAUUCAAGCAGUUAUGCGUCAUCGCCCCACAUUAAUUAUCCAUACGUUCCAAAUUUGGCGCCGACCGGAUCAAGCGAUAUUUUUGCCGAACCAAACACUCCAACAAGCACAGCUGGUGCCAUCACAUCGAAUGAAUCGCUUUCGCAAAUGCAAUCGCAUCAACAACAGCAACAACAACAGCAGCAACAGCAACAACAGUAUGUUCAACAUCAAGAUCAAAACGGCUCCACAUACACCGAAUUAUCGUCAUCACAACGAAAUGCUGUCGUUAGCAUUGGCUAUAGCAAUCAAUAUAAUCCAAUGGCUGGGUUUGGUGCUCACACAACAAACGAACACGAUGAUCCACUAUCAUAUAAUGCAAAUAACAAACCAUACAGACCGUGGGGCCAAGAAAUGGCCUAUUAAUUUUAAAACAGUGCAUUCUGGUGAAGAUUUUUUUUUUUUUUUGAAAUUACAUAUGAUCUCUAUUUUUUAUAUAGAAAUAUUCUAUUUUAAACGAAACGCACAACAAAUAAGUCAAGUGAACAUAUUUAUUGAGAUUUUAUACAACGAAACAUUUAUUUUACUAUGGAAACAUAAUCUCCGUAUAUUUAUAUAUUUUUCUACGAAAAAAAAACACGUUAAACGCCUAGUCAUUUAGUCAUGUAAGAAGUGUAUAUAUAGAAAUAUUUUUGCGAAAUUUGAAUCCAUAAAGCUAAAUGUAGCUUUAACAAAGUCAAGGAGCCAAUUGAAUCAAGUAAAUGACGAUUAUAUAUAUUUAUAUAUGCUUUAACAAAG